UCCUUCGCCUGCUUUCUCUCUUUUUCUACCUGUGAUUCACUGCCAAGUUGAGAACACACUCGGUCCAUUCUUACUAUGUCUAUGGUUCGAACAUACACUUAUCUCGUUUUAAAUACAGAAAGUGCAACGUACGCGCGAGUAGAUAAAAAAAACAGACAACUAUUUCUAUGUUCUCGACGUGAUUUUCGCGAUGAUUUUUCUUUCAUGUAUCUUCGAUUUAAAUGUCGCAAUGUGGACACACGGAUGCAUGAUAAAAUGUAAGCCCUGGCACAAAGUACCGUGAUAAAAUCGCGAGCGUGAUUAAUGGAAUUUAUUAUCCCCCAAGCCAAUUGUCCGUGUACUUUGACCCCUCUCUCUCGCCGAACGAGAUUUAGUACUGUCGUUCCCAGUCGUUCCUUCGACAGUGUAAAACGAGGCAGUUGCAGUCAUGUCGGAUAGCGUGAGCCCUAUUAAAUAUUUCCUCAGCGGAGGAUUCGGUGGAGUAUGCACCGUGAUCGCUGGGCAUCCUCUGGAUACUAUAAAGGUAAGGCUCCAGACGAUGCCAGUGCCAGGUCCUAAUCAGCUGCCUCUGUAUUCGGGCACGUGGGACUGUGCCAAGAAAACAGUCACCAAGGAAGGAGUACGUGGCUUAUACAAAGGUAUGGGCGCACCUUUAUGCGGCGUUGCUCCAAUAUUUGCGAUAAGUUUUUUUGGAUACAGUAUCGGAAAGAAGCUGCAACAAAGUGUCCCAGAUGAAAAACUCACGACAUUGCAAUUGUUCUAUGCUGGAGCUUUCAGCGGUAUAUUUACAACUGUGAUAAUGGCACCCGGCGAGCGCAUCAAGUGUUUGUUACAAAUACAACAUGGAGACACUAAACCUAAGUAUAACGGACCAGUGGACUGUGCGAAGCAAUUGUAUCGAGAAGGGGGUAUCAGAAGUAUCUAUAAAGGCACCUGUGCUACGUUGUUAAGAGAUAUUCCGGCCAGUGGAAUGUACUUUAUGACGUAUGAAUAUUUAAAAGAACUAUUCACUCCUGAGGGAGGCAAACUCAGUCUACUAGCUACUAUAACAGCUGGCGGUUGUGCGGGUAUUGCCAACUGGUUGGUCGGGAUGCCACCUGAUAUCUUGAAAAGCCGCCUACAAACUGCACCAGAAGGCACGUAUAAAAGCGGAAUACGCGAAGUAUUUGUUACAUUAAUGAAAAACGAAGGACCACUGGCGCUUUACAAAGGUGUCGUGCCCGUAAUGCUCCGAGCUUUUCCAGCAAAUGCAGCUUGUUUCAUGGGCUUCGAAGUCUGCAUGAAGUUUUUAAACUGGAUCGCACCAGGUCUAUAGUUUUAAGUUUCACGUCGUGUAAUUAUCCCUAGCUAUUUUUGUAAAAUGUCUAUUAAUGUCCGUUACUUCUCUCGUACUGCGAUUCAUACUCGACAUGUGCUUAGCCAAUUAUUAUUGCGACAAAGUAAACUACUCAAAUUUAUUCUUGCCUCGCAGCUAUGUCGAGAAUGAAUCUCGGACUAAUUAUGUAGUAACAAGAUAUUAGAACUCUAUUGAAAGUGUGUAAUAAGAUAGCUUCAUUGUAUAUGAAAACAGGAUUAUGUACAAAGGCAAGUUCUUGCAAUUUUGCCAAUGAUAGAUUUGACUGCAAACGAACGAAAGUAUGAUAUCAGGGAAUAUCUUUACAAAUAGGAUUCACUUUGUAUUAAUUUUUAAGAAAUUUUAAGAAUAUAAUCAAAUUUAUGAAACAUAUCGGAUCACAAUCUGUGAGGGUAAUAAUUCGUAAGACACGUAUUGAAAGACUGUUCAAUAAUUAUGUGAAAAUUUUUAUGUUUUAAUCUUAUUGCGUAUUGUACAGUUUAAAUAUAAAAUUUUAUAUAUGUAACAGUAUAUAUACAUUUAUAAUUACAUUUACAUAUUGUACAUUGUCGCAUAUUUCGAAAUGUACAACCAGGAUUUAUCGAGUAAUCUAAGAAUUCUGUAACAUACUUUCUGUACAAAACUAUAUAAGGAAGAUUAUACAAUAUAGAUUUAUGUAUUAAAUAAAACUGGUUUAUAU